AUGCCAGCGGCGACGGUGGAGCCGCCUUCAGUAGCGCUCUCCUUUGCCAACAAUUUUUGGGGUAAAGAAGAUGCCGGCGUCCCACCACUACUCGAUCGCAUGCACAGCGCGAAGCAAACAUCUGACGAACUCCGUGCAUUUUACGCUGCUCGAGCCUCGAUCGAAGAUGACUAUGCGCGAAAGCUAUUGUCCCUAUGCCGAAAACCCCUCGGGUCGCAGGAAGCCGGAACGCUGAAAGGAUCCCUUGAUACAGUUCGAGGGGAAGUGGAAGCCAUGGCUCGCCAGCAUCAGGGUGUAGCAGCGCAGAUGAAGACGGAGCUUGAGGAGCCCCUGGCAGCCUUUGCCGGAAGCAUGAAAGAACGCCGAAAGAUUGUCCAAAAUGGCAUCGAAAAGCUGCUCAAAAUCAAGGUUCAGCAAACACAACAGGUGAACAAGACACGGGACAAGUACGAGCAAGAAUGCCUCAAGAUUAAAGGCUACCUCGCCCAGGGCCACAUGGUCAUGGGCCAAGAGGAGAGAAAGAACAAGGCGAAGCUUGAGAAGACCCAAAUUAGCCUCGCGACAUCCAACACAGACUAUGAGAACGCUAUAAAGGCUCUUGAAGAGACUACCGCACGAUGGAAUAGAGAGUGGAAGGCGGCCGCGGAUAAGUUCCAGGAUUUGGAGGAAGAGAGGCUAGACUUCACUAAGAGCAGCCUCUGGGCCUUCGCUAAUAUCGCCUCUACCGUUUGCGUCAGCGACGACUCUUCUUGCGAGAAGAUACGACUAUCACUCGAGAAGAUGGAUGUCGAAAAAGACAUCUAUAGCUUCAUAAGCGAACGAGGCACAGGGCAGGAGAUUCCUGAUCCUCCCAAGUACAUCAAUUUCUGUCGAGGCGAUGUGAAUGACACGCCCUCCGAGGUGUCCGAGGAUGAAAGCUACUCCGUGGCUCAAUUCCCCAGAAGCAUCAAUCCCGCCUUCCGCACUUCUUCUCCUCAGCCGUCCUUGUUCGAAUCACAUCACGACCCAAAGACUUCUCUAGUAUAUGACAUGGGCCUUGGCAACCCUAACUCGGCCGCCUCCACAAGUCAUGAGGUCGCUGUGUCCCCUCAAAAGGCAGUGACUCCUCAGAGAGCUUCCGUGAGUGGCGAGAGGGAGCCCGAACGACAAUUGCAGAGGGAGCCCGAGAGGCAGCUAGAAAUGCAGCCUGAGAGGCAGGUUGAGCGCUCAGUUGAGAGACAACUGGAACGGCCUGGAGAGAGGCAAAUGGAGAGGCAAGUGGACCGGCAUAUGGAAAGGCUGCCUCACCGGCAGCGCCAGGAAGCGUUCCAAAGUCCAACACAGACCCGGCCUCACGGUCUGGAUGUGUCACAAUACGGACCAGUUUCGGCUGUCCCACACGACCCCUACCCUAUGGAUGGCAUGACUAUGCUUUGUCGACCGGGGCCGACCUCUUCAGAGAUAAGCUCCGUACCCUCGCAGAGACCCUCCAGCCGUGAUUCCCGCAGCGAUUACUCCAACCCGACCUCUUUUACGAGCCAAGACCCCCAAGUGGCAAGGUGUCUCCAGUUAAGCAAGAUCCGAUGCCGACUAUAUCAACAUGACUCCAUCGGCCGUGCUCACGAUAAGGCGCUAGAGCCCGAGCCCAUUGAGGCCAACGCAUCGCUCGCCCUCGGGGUUGGGCCAAACGUCCUACCGGUAGCUGCGCCUAGCUCGACUAGUCUCACCACAACUCACAAUAAUGCGUCCAACUCAAACGUCGCCGAGGACGACCCUAUCGCUAUAGCGUUGGCUGAACUUAAGGGAGUAACCAAGCAGUCGUCGGUGAGAGUUUCGGCCGACUACUACCAUGGGAUCUCGACACCCGCUCCGGGAGUUCGACCGGGGCUUGGAAAUACUGCAGUGGCAGUGGCGAUGCGUGGAACGCCUCCUCCAUCAUACGACCAGCAAGUCCAGAGACUAGGCGUGCCCUCGGCAGCCCACACGGCAAGGGCCAUGAAGGAGACGUCGGAAAAGUUCGUCAACCAAACACGAAACGUGUUUGGUAGUUCCACAGGCUCGAAUGGCUACGGAGCGCCCAGCACAAGUCGAGCAGCUGGCCGGGGCAACGAUCACACCCGCGCAACAUCGCCGGCCCCUCCACGCAGCGCCUCUCCUCUGCCGAACAGUCAGGAGGGCUAUAACAAGAACUACCGGCCUGUCUCGCCGAAUCCGAGCCGCGCGGGGAGCCACGAUUCGUACAGCAGGAACUAUAGGCCAGUUUCGCCCAACCCUAACCGUAGCAGUACGCAAGACUCGUAUCAGAGAAGCUACCGGUCGGUCUCCCCGAAUCCCAAUGGUGGGGCCCAGCGGGCGCCAUCGCAGAUGAGCAUGUCCCAGCGCGGGGGUGACCAAGGCUAUUAUCGCCACAACUCACCGAUGGACGCGGCGCGGACAGCAUCUCCUGCCCCGUACGCCAACUACGAUCGUCCUUCGAGCAGCCACACUAUGAAUGACAUGGCUGUUCAGUUAGCGCCCGUUAACGAUGACGGGUACGGAUCCCAGCGAGGCAGGUACGGUGCCCGCCCUGGAACCAGCUCGAGUUCAAGGGCUGUCGGCCUCUACGAAGGACCUGGAGCCGCACAGGCGGGGAGCCGCCAGCGCAGCAAGAGCGUUGCGGACCCUUCAAGGCAAUACACUCGAGAUGGACGCCCCGUUUUGCACUUUGCACGAGCUUUGUACAUGUACCAGGCAGCAAUUCCUGAAGAGCUUGGGUUCGCGAAGGGUGAUGUUCUCGCCGUCCUCCGACACCAGGAUGAUGGCUGGUGGGAGGCUGAGGUUCACAAUGGCAACGGCCGUGUUGGGCUGGUUCCCAGCAACUAUCUCCAACCGUGCUAG